GUAACAAUGGGGCGGUCCUCGGAACGGCGCUGCGGCGGCCCCGGGGCCUGCGGGGAGGCGGAGUCCCCUCGGCCGCAGCUGCUGGCCAGCUCGGGAUUUGAAAGCUUAUAAAGUCCGGGCGGAGAGGGCGGCGGCAUCGGAUGCGCGUGUGGCGGAAGCGCCGGCGGCAUGAACUACCCGGGCCGCGGCGCCCCGCGGAGCCCCGAGCGUAACGGCCGCGGCGGCGGCGCCUGGGAGCUGGGCUCGGACGCGGCGGGCACGUUCGGCGGCGGCUGCUGCUUCGAGCACCAGCCGGGAGACGGCGUGCCGCUGGCGUUGCUGCGCGCCGAGCCGCUGCACCUGGCGCCGGGCACCGACGACCUGAGCCACCUUGCUCUGGACCCGUGCCUCAGCGACGAGACCUACGACUUCAGCUCGGCCGAGUCGGGGUCGUCGCUGCGCUACUACAGCGAGGGCGAGAGCGCGGGCGGCGGCAGCUCUUCUUCGCCUCCGCCGCCGCUGGUCGCUCCGAACUCGGGGGGCGGUGGGGCGGCGGGAGGGGGCCCCGGGGACAGGAAGCGCGCCCGGGCCGGCAGCGCCGCUGCCCGGCACCGCUACGAGGUGGUGACGGAGCUGGGCCCCGAGGAGGUACGCUGGUUCUACAAGGAGGACAAGAAGACCUGGAAGCCCUUCAUCGGCUACGACUCUCUGCGCAUCGAGCUCGCCUUCCGGACCCUGCUGCAGACCACCGGCUCCCGUACCGGGGUGGAGGGCCGCGAUGGAGACCCGGCGUGCGGCCAGGCCUCCAGCUCCGGGGAGGAAGACGACGAGGACCGCGCCUGCGGCUUCUGCCCGCGGGCAGCGGGGCCCGAGCCCGAGAUGGAGGAGCUGGUGACCAUCGAGCCGGUGUGCGUGCGCGGCGGCCUCUACGAGGUGGACGUCACUCAAGGAGAGUGCUACCCGGUGUACUGGAACCAAGCUGAUAAAAUACCAGUAAUGCGUGGACAGUGGUUUAUUGAUGGGACUUGGCAGCCUCUAGAAGAAGAAGAAAGUAAUUUAAUUGAGCAAGAACAUCUCAGUUGUUUUAGAGGUCAGCAGAUGCAAGAAAACUUUGAUAUUGAAGUGUCAAAAUCCAUAGAUGGAAAAGAUGGCAGUGGGAUCAACUAUUCUGUUGUCUACCACCUCCCUCCCUUCACCCUCCCUUCUCUGUUCAAAUGGAGAGGAUAUAAGGAGAGUGCAGAAGCGACAGGUCUUAAGCGAAAGCGUUCCCAAGCUGUUCAUAGUUUCAAACUGAGUCGGAAUCAUGUGGAUUGGCACAGUAUGGAUGAGGUCUAUCUCUACAGUGACGCCACAACGUCCAAGAUCGCAAGGACCGUAACCCAGAAACUGGGGUUUUCUAAAGCCUCCAGUAGUGGGACCAGACUCCAUAGAGGUUAUGUAGAAGAAGCCACCCUAGAAGACAAGCCCUCACAGACUUCUCAUAUUGUGUUUGUUGUGCAUGGCAUUGGACAGAAGAUGGACCAAGGAAGAAUUAUAAAGAACACAGCCAUGAUGAGAGAGGCUGCAAGAAAAAUAGAAGAAAGGCAUUUUUCCAACCAUGCAACACAUGUUGAGUUUCUGCCUGUUGAAUGGCGAUCAAAGCUUACUCUUGAUGGAGACACUGUUGAUUCCAUUACUCCUGACAAAGUGCGCGGCUUGAGGGACAUGCUGAACAGUAGUGCGAUGGACAUAAUGUACUAUACUAGCCCACUUUAUAGGGAUGAGCUAGUUAAAGGUCUUCAGCAAGAGCUGAAUCGAUUAUAUUCCCUCUUCUGUUCUCGGAAUCCAGACUUUGAAGAAAAAGGGGGUAAAGUCUCAAUAGUGUCCCAUUCCUUGGGGUGUGUAAUUACUUAUGACAUCAUGAUGGGCUGGAAUCCAGUUCGACUGUAUGAGCAGCUGCUCCAGAGGGAAGAGGAGCUGCCUGACGAGCGAUGGAUGAGCUAUGAAGAGCGCCACCUUCUGGAUGAGCUCUAUAUAACAAAACGGAGGCUGAGGGAAAUAGAAGAACGUCUGCAAGGAUUGAAGGCGUCAUCUAUAACACAAACACCUGCCUUAAAAUUUAAGGUCGAGAAUUUCUUCUGCAUGGGAUCUCCACUAGCAGUUUUUUUGGCGUUGCGUGGCAUCCGGCCCGGAAAUACUGGAAGUCAAGACCACAUUUUACCUAGAGAGAUUUGUAAUCGCUUACUAAAUAUUUUUCAUCCUACAGACCCAGUGGCUUACAGAUUAGAGCCAUUGAUUCUGAAACACUACAGCAACAUCUCACCGGUCCAGAUCCACUGGUACAACACUUCAAAUCCUCUACCUUAUGAGCAUAUGAAGCCAAACUUUCUCAACCCAGCAAAAGAACCUACCUCAGUUUCAGAGAGUGAAAGCAUCGCAAAUAUCCCAAGCCCCGUGACCUCCCCGGUCUUAUCGCGGCGCCACUAUGGAGAGUCUAUAACGAACAUUGGCAAAGCCAGCAUACUGGGGGCUGCUAGCAUUGGCAAGGGGCUUGGAGGAAUGUUGUUCUCGAGAUUUGGACGUUCUUCAACAUCGCAGCCAUCUGAGACAUCUAAAGACACAGUGGAAGGCGAGAAGCAGCAGCCUGUUUCUUUGCCGUCAACCACCACCGUGGCCACACAGACCCUGCCGCACAGCAGCUCGGGCUUCCUGGACUCUGCAUAUUUCAGACUUCAAGAAUCGUUCUUUUAUCUCCCACAACUUCUUUUCCCGGAAAAUGUAAUGCAGAGUAAAGAUGCUAGCCUCGUGGAACUGGAGCACAGGAUUGACUUUGAACUCAGAGAAGGCCUGGUGGAGAGCCGCUAUUGGUCAGCCGUCACAUCGCACACUGCCUACUGGUCAUCCUUGGACGUCGCUCUGUUUCUUUUAACAUUCAUGUACAAACAUGAGCAUGACGAUGGUGUGAAGCCCAGCCUAGAGCCAAUCUGAACUCCCGAAGGAUAUGAAUGGCCCAAAACUUGUUUCUCUGUUAAAAUGUGUCAAGAUAUGGAGAUAUCAAGGUUCCAGUUUUGUUUAGGGCAAGAAAUACUUUAAUUUAAAAGCACCUUAUUUUAUUUUUAAAAGAGAACAAAAACACACUUUCAGUUCUAAAGAAGUUCCUUACUGUUUCUAUAAUUUCGAUUAUGAGUCUAGCCAAGCCCCUGCAGAGAAUCACCAGGCGUGGAAGUGUGGAGGGUUUAGGUGAGCUGCGUGAAGGUAGUCAUCACAGUCCAGUUCUCCAGGAGUCUAACAUAAUGUAUUAAUCUAAAGAUGGUAUAACUCUAAGGUGGUCAGAGUCCAGUCCGUUCUGUGAAGACUACAUACAGGUGGCAUCAUGGUUUUUGAUUCUGUGAAGGUUUCCAUGUCCACAGUUCCUUUGAAAGAAGAAUAUAACAAAUUUAAAAAGUUCUAAAUUUAACUUGUCUAAAAAAAACUAAUGCUAGAAAGCAAUAUUUGACUACUGUACUUAUAAUUUAUUAUCUCUAGUUAGUUCGUGUAUGAAACAUUAUGUUUUUAAUGUUUCUUUUGAGCCACAUUCAUUUUGUAUCAUGUUGAGGCCCCUUUUUCUCAAAAUCCAUCUUUGUACCUUCAGAUGACCAGGUAAUGCUGUGGCAUACUUUCAGGUUUUGGGGGGGGGUUUGUUUUUGUUUUUGUUUUGUUUUUCAUUAAAAACAUG